AUGAACGCGCACGUGUUUGGAGCGAAAUCUUCGCUAAAGGAUGGGCGGAGUUCCCCUGAAGUGCCCUUACUGAAGUUGGUAUUCCAUCUUCUACUGGCAUUCAUCGUGCGUCAGAAUGAGCGGUCACAAACUCGAUUAUCAACUACAAAGUGGUUGGGUAUAGCAGAAAAUUCGCAGCCGGUCAUAAGGGAGGGAUCUAGCAAAGACUUUUCUGAAAUUAUUGCAAAAUGUUCAGAGCUAACCCCGUUAUCCGCAGCUUGCGCUCAGCCUUCAGAAAAUCUAUUUGAGGCACCAGCCAAUCAGCUCCCGCACACCCAUUUUGAGCCGACUUCCUAA